AUGUUAUCACGAGGGCGUCAUGCGCGCCACGGGUAUGCAAAGUUGCAACUAAGGACUGCAGCACAGCUCGCAGCAGCAAUUUUCCUGGCAACCCUUGCCACAUUUUUCAUGGCUGGCCAAGAGGCCCCGAUCGACUUCGUCAGUGCACGGUGGAUUGGCCGUCCUGUGGCGAGAAGUCCUGGAUCGCGGACAGCUCGCAGAGCCGAGGAAUUGGAUGUGGAGGAGGAAGACGAAGCUCCAGACGUCGACUUGGACAAAGAUCCCAACUGGCUCAAGGUGAAGCAGGAAAUGGCACGCAUUUGGGACAUGCGUUACGAGUCGGAAGACUGGCUCAUCGCAGACGAUGUGAAAGGAAUCAUGGACGAGCACCUGCAGACCAUCGUAGGCAAGAAGAACUACCUAGACAUGGAGGACACCUUCGCGGAGGUGGCCGACGAGGAACCGAAGCCUGGCGAGAUCAGCAAGGAAGACUUUACUGAGGUGCUCCCGAUCCUCCUGCUUGGAGUUGCUCUUGCCAUCGCCACGACCUGCUUCGUCGGCGGCACACACUCGACUUCGACAUCACUGCGAGGAGGCAGCCCCACUGCACGCGGCGCUGUGCCAGAGACCUUGGAGCUCAGUUCCUCUGUCACAACAGCGCUGGAGGUCUCGACACCUGGAUGGUGGGCCAACAUCGUCCUCCUGGUCGUCCCAUGUGCGAUCCUCAUCAUCAUCUACCUCCAGUCCGAGAGGCCUGCGCUCACCAGCAUUCCGAGCAGCGUUCCAGCCAUAGAAUGUUUGCCGCGCUACAUCAUGCUGCGCGUUUGCCGCAGGCAAAAGUUCGAGGAAGCCACGCAGAAGUGA